AGCAGAGCAGACUCGAGAAGAAAUGGGCGAGCCAGUCACUGGCCUAGCCUUGAAGCAGAUCAUCCUCUUGGUCUUCCUCUUCCAUACAGCCGAGGCGAGGGUCCUGUCCGAGUCAAACAAGGGGCUAGAGACGGAGUUCUUGGUUCCACAAAAUGCAGCACGGGCCACGGUGGGUGAGCCUCCCUUGGCCUGGGACGGUCGACUGGCGCAGUACGCCGAAUCAUAUGCUAACAAGCGGCGAGCCGACUGCGACCUCAGGCACUCGGAGGGGCCUUACGGCGAGAACAUAUUCUGGGGGAGCGGCACUGACUGGACUCCGGCCGACGCCGUCCGUGACUGGGUGCUGGAGGCUAGGAACUAUGACCACCACACCAAUUCUUGCGUGAGAGGGAGGAAGUGCGGGCACUACACCCAGAUCGUCUGGAGCUCGACGACCAGCGUUGGGUGCGCCAAGGUGACGUGCGAUGGUGGCGCUGGUGUUUUCAUGACUUGCAAUUAUGACCCACCGGGAAAUUUUGUCGGCGAAAAACCAUACUAA